AAGCACUUUCCUGAAAGCCUCCAUUUUGCUCCCAGCUCAUUUCGCCUGCGCUCGAGGACGGCCUCGACAAGAAGCAGCAUCUCGUCGGCAAACGUACCAGACUCUGCGACCACGUAUUCCCACUCAACCCUGGCCAGCCCCAUCAGCACCAGCUACGCCAGCGAUCUCAGCGACAUCUACUGCGGCCAUCCCAUCGAUGCUUCACGCCCAGCCAGCCGAGUGUAUCAUCGACACCAGUCUUCUACAGGAUCCUUUUGUUCAACCCAUGUCAAUGACGACGAUGACGGCUAUUCCUUUGCAGGAUAUCCAGACCUCAGCGCUAAGCUAGGGGAGAUUCACGUCGCCACUCCUGUUACUCCCGUUCCCGUGAGCGAGGAGGAAGAAAGUGUGACUCCCAGCGACUCACAUGAAUGGCCGCAGCUUGAAACCUCAACCAUUGAAACUUCCUUCUCCUCUAAGUGGGAUACAGCAUCGUCUAUAUCAGACGACGUUUCAUCUCAGGACACAGAAGCCAUUCUUGAUUAUACCCUUCAAUUAGUUUUUGGGGUAGAUCUUCAAGAGGAGUCGUCCAAGGUGACACCAGCAGUGCGAAAUCUCGUGGGCAAGUUUAUCGGCGAUGUUGGGAAUUGCUUCUGGGCCACACCAUCCGACGCUGAUAUGACGCAAGUCAUGUCGACAUCAAGCAGCUCCUCAACCCCUUCUCAAGGUGGCAGUGGGGCCGGCGACUCGCAAUCCGGAGGCAAGAGAAAGAAGCAGGGCCGAGGAGACGAGGAUGAUGGCGACUUUAGUGAGGGCGAGGGCCUGGGAUACAAUCCUUCCAAGAAGCUACGGCCAAAUCCAAAGGACGAAGAGAAUCUGCGUCUGAGCUGUCCUUAUAGAAAGAGGAACCCGUCGCGAUUUAAUGUCAGGGAUCAUCACAGCUGUGCCAUGACAUACUUUCCCAAGUUUGCUGAGCUGAGACAACACAUUGUCAAACAACACAAGAGAGACGACCCGUCCGCAUUCGUCUGUGACAGAUGCAACCGCGACUUCCACACCCGGAAAGAGCUUCGCGAUCACCAGCGUCUGCCAAAGGAGAUGAUGUGCGACAUCAUGGAUCACGAUCCAGAGUCGGGAGUAGAUGGAACAACAUCGGUCAAGCUCCUAUCCCGUAAAAGAGCCAGCGGCGCCUCCCCCGAAGCCCAGUGGAAAGAAAUCUGGAACAUUUUGUUUCCAGAUGAUGAAGACCACCAGAUCCAUCAAUACCACUUCACUCCCGUCAUCGAGCACUUUGAGCUCUCCAAUUGCUACAUGUCGUCGUUUGAAAUCUUACACUCUUCUCUCCGCGACAAGAUUUCGAAUCCGGCAACGCUGGAGACGUUGACGACCAAGUUCCAGCAAUGCUUUAUGGAGGCCGUAGAGCGAUGUAUCGGUGCUGCACAGAGUAUGCCCUACACUAAUCGCAGCAACAAGAGAAACGAGCCAUCUCGGGCACAAAGCUUCCAAAGUCUUAUACCACGAAAGGGAAGAGAGAUCCUUCCCCGGCCCGACUCUGGGGUUGUAAUGAUGGAUGAGUGUUCCGACGAAAGCGGCAGCAUCAGGAACUCUGCUCUCGGACCCCGAGACAGCGUGCGAACCAUUAAGGAUGAUUUGCACAGGAGGGGAAGCAACUUGGCUCCCGAUCCCUCGGUCGUGCCUACGCCUGCAGCAGUGAGCAUAUUAGGCCACAACUUCUCAGGCGACAUGUCAUUUAUGCCAACCAUGGGUGUCAGCGGCCCGAUGGAUUCUGUUGCUGUUCAAUCUUGGAACAACAACGUCUCGGAUCCUAAUGACGGAGACAUUGGCAACAGCUUUCCAAUGCCUGACCAUUUCUAUGCUCCGGGAGAGCUCACACCCCAUGGGGACUUGGGAGGCUGGGACGAAGGAUAUUAUCAAUCUACGUUUCAGGGGCUAGGAGAUCGAUUUCACGGCUUUGGAGGG